AACAAAAAAAUGUAAUUGCGAAUUUACGACGUGAAGCUUAUUUGAUCGAACAUACGUUUCGUAAUGUUUAGGUUUUUACGAAGGUACCGAUAUAAAAGUGGACGCGCAUGGCAUUCCGACAAUGUUAUAUAAGAGUUGUGUUUCUUGUUCACGCGCGUAUGUUCCCACCUUCCUUCCGCCUUUGCGGACAUGUAAUUUCCAUUGUUAGAGGGGUCAAUCGACUAUCUUUUCAAUAUAAUAGAUCCUACUUGCCACCAGUUAACCUGUCCGUAUAAAGUAAUAAUAAAGGAAGAAGAUGGCAGACGAAACGUUAUAUAGCUAGCUUGCUAAACAGUUAUGGCGGUUUAUUCGAUUGAGGCUAGAAAGCGAUAAAUGACAUUUCGGAAAUGUUAGUUAGGUAGCUAACGUUAACUUGUGGCUACCUGGCUAGUUACCGUUAGCUAGCUAGGUAGCUGACAUUGUCCUGUUACAAACUACUUAUUUAACUAGUUAGACAUUUUACAUUCUGAAUUAACGUUACUAAUUAUACGUAAAUGUGUAUAGCAUCAGCCAGUUAGCGUUCUAGUAGCGACCAUCUCAUAGCUUGGCUGUGUAGCGUGAGCUAGCUAGGUUAGGUAAUUUACUAGGUUAGAUUGUUGUUGCCAGUCACUGUUUUAUAAAAUAACAAAUGGCUGGGAUGGCGACUGUGACCACCCUUCGAUUGCCUAUAGGCAUACGGACAUUCAAUGAGUUGCGAGAUGUCUCUGCAUUUGGCAAAAAACGGUUGAAUACAGUGUUGGGGCCAAGAAUACGGAUUAAACAGCCAAUCAGAUAUGUGACAUCUUGUGGCAUCCUUAUGACCAGAAACCCCAGGUUUCUUAUCCAUUUGGACAGGAGGACAACUAUCAUUCCCCCCAGCAGAACCUUCCUUAGUCUGGCCAACAAGAAGAAACAGUAUUCAGAACGAAGAAUCAUUGGUUACUCGAUGCAGGAGAUGUAUGAUGUGGUGGCCAACGUGGACGAUUAUAAGCACUUUGUUCCGUGGUGUAAGAAAUCUCAGUUCAUCAUGCAGAGAGCCAGUCAUGCUAAAGCCAAACUAGAAGUGGGUUUCCCCCCUAUAGUCGAGAGAUACACCUCCAUGAUCACCAAUGUGCGCCCUCAUCUAGUCAAGGCUGUAUGCACAGAUGGUAAACUGUUCAACCACUUGGAGACAAUAUGGCGUUUCAGCCCUGGAAUACCUGGUUAUCCCAGAACCUGUACUGUUGAUUUCUCUAUAUCUUUUGAGUUUCGCUCUUUGCUACACUCGCAGUUAGCGACGGUCUUCUUUGAUGAGGUCGUGAAGCAAAUGGUUGUUGCCUUCGAGGGCCGAGCUUGCAUCAAGUACGGCCCAGAGACUAAAAUACCCAGAGAACUCAUGUUCCAUGAGGUGAACCAAACGUGAGCCUCCAUGUGCUUGUACAUAUAUGGGAAAUUCACACGUUUUUCCCACUUUCAACCCAUUACAUUUUGUGGACGACCAUUAGAUAGAUGACUGUUGUUGGACACGGUUGAAGUGGGGAAUGGAUCUCCAGCUUGACUGCUUGAACAACACAGCCACCACUUGCAUUUGAGAAGAGCAUCAUUUCAGACUGGGACCAUCCUCUGUAUGCACUGGAUUCUUAGGCCAUUCUCCUAUUUAUUGCCAAUUUGCUGCAGAGCCUGAUAUUUACUGAAGCAAAUUCCAUAUUUUGUCAAGUGUAAUGAAUUGUCAGGCUUUCAAGAUUAUUUUUACCAAUCCAGUAAAUACUUCAGCUAGUUAACUGGGGACUCAUAAGAGAACUGAACAUAAUAUAUUUUGGGUGGUCAGAAUUACCAUGUCACACCCAUUUGAUUUUCAUAAGAUGUUUUAACUGGUUUGAAUCAUGUCCACACAUUAAAUCUAUGUAGAAAUAUAAAUACAACAAUUUAACAGAGUGUGUGUAUAUAAAUUCACUAUGCCCUAAUCUAUAGAUUUCACGACUGGGAUUACAGAUAUGCAUUUGUUGGUCAGAUAGCUUUAAAAAAUUGGCCUCACAAUAGGGCUCAGGAUCUCGUCACACUAUCUCUGUGCAUUCAAAUUUCCAUCAAUAAACUGCAAUUGUGUUCCUUGUCCGUAGCUUUUGCCUGCCCAUAUCAUAACCACACCGCCAUUGAAAGGGAGAUUUAUAUCGCUUUCCUAUAACAUUCCCCUGAUUUGUCUUAAUGUUUAUUUUGGGGUAAAGACAUUUUACAUUUUAACGUCAUAUUAAUCUCCAGCACCACCCCAACAAAUGUGAAAACAGCAUGUUUAUGUUUUGGAAAAGUUUACAAUGACAUCCCGUGUGCAUUGUGAUUUUAACCAAUUAUGAGUAGGCAUUGCCUACUAAUUGGAAACACUUAGAGGAAGACAUCUUUUACCUCAAAGCAUAAACACUCCCAUUUUCACAUAGGUUGGAGUGGUGCUGGAGAUGUUGAAAAGGGGUGAUUCUGUUGGUGGGAAUCAGGGCUCUUAAGGUCCUGCCAGCCAUUACCACCCCGUUUUUGUAUGUAUUUUAGACUUUAAAACAAAAGCCAAUAAACUAAAGUACAA